UCAGAUACCUCUUGGAAUUUCCACCGCAGUCAAUGUUCGCGUGGGACAAGGUCUUGGUGCUUUCAAUCCUAGCGCAGCAAAGUUCACUUAUUUUACUGCGCUGACGGCUAUUGUUAUCAUAACCUUUCUUACGGCUGCCCCUGUGGUAAUGUUGCGGCACAGCAUUCCCUUUAUAUUUACCUCAGACGUGGAGGUUGCUGCCAAAGCCACAGAGAUCCUUCCCAUGUUGUUCAUAUUCCAGCUCUGUGAGGGCUUGGCUGUGAGUUUGUGA